CUAUGGAAGUAGCUGUAUUUAUUAAAUAUUAUAUGGCAAUUAAUUGUUUAUUUUGAAGAAAAAAUUUGUAGGGUUAUUCUGGAGUGGAAGCUUCGCGCCCCCGAUUCAUACCACCCUUUGAAGAAGGUUUUCUUCGUUAUCUGACACCUUCAGUUUCGUGGUUUGCUAAUAUCUCAGCCGUUGAAUCGCUUAAGGUCCAGUAGUGACUCGCUGAGCUUCAACGAUUAUGUUCAAUUCCAAAUUUUUAAGAGUUGGAAUUUGGAUGGUUAAGGAGCUAUCAAGAGGAAAAACUAGUAUAGUAGGUAGAGAUAGAUAUACGCAGAGCCGUUGUUGCCAAUUCUUACAAAAACUGUCAGAAAACAAGGUUUCCAGGGGAGCAAUCUUUCAGAAAAGUUGUCAUUUUUCUUCAGCAACAGAUAAGAAUCCUUUGCCGGAAGGGAGUGGUCAGGAAGAAAAGAUUUCUGUGACAUUUGUGGAUAAAGAUGGAGAGGAAAAGCAUAUAAAGGUUCCAAUUGGAAUGUCUAUGUUAGAAGCUGCUCAUCAAAAUGACAUUGAACUUGAAGGAGCUUGUGAAGGCUCACUUGCAUGUUCAACUUGUCAUGUGAUAGUGAUGGAUAUGGAGUACUAUAAUAAAUUAGAGGAGCCAACAGAUGAGGAGAAUGACAUGUUGGAUUUGGCUUUUGCACUCACAGAAACGUCUCGUCUCGGUUGCCAAGUAAUUGCAAAACCCGAACUAGAUGGAGUUCGUUUAGCUAUUCCCGCCGCUACUCGCAACUUUGCUGUUGAUGGGUAUGUCCCAAAACCACACUAGACGUGAUAAAGCAAUACAUAAGAGAGUGGUCAAAGUUUUAUAAAUGCAGUCAUCCCAUUUUUGUAGCUCCUGUAUUCUAAUGAUUCAAUAAUAUUAUGCCUCUGUUGGCAACUUUUUGUUUUUUCUUUUUAUUCCCCUUUAUUUGGGGUUCCAAAUUCUUUUGUUGCUUUAAAUUAUACUGUUGAGUAUACCAUGUAGAAAUAUAGUUUAAUAGUUCUCAUGACUAUUAAGGGAUUUUCCCGACCAUUUAUGGUUUACACAAUAAGAAACUUUAUUUUUUUUCCA